AGCACCGCUGCCUGCAGGAGCCGCUUUAUAAAGAGCUAAAUUUACCAAACUUUACGUUGUUUCCUGAGCUCUCACAAUUGGCCAGCACUUGUCCGGUUUGAGAGUUAUAAGGUUUGGAGGACCUCCUUCCACUUUUAAACUUGUUCAUGUCUUUGGAGCGCAGCUGUGGAGAGGCGACAGUGAAAUAAGGCGCACAGACUCUCUGGUGCGGCUGCCGCUCAACACGACGCGACUUUGACAAGAGAUAGUUAUUAUUUCACCAUAACGAUGGCCUUAUCCGGAGUGAUGCUGCCGUCAUUUGCGACAUUCACAAACCAACGAGAAAAAACCUGGGAAAACAGGUGGAAAGGAGACAUGGACAAACUAGUCUCCAGCAGCUGCUCCAUGCUUGAAAUGGUACACAACCUGGACAAUCACAGCAAAAAGGACGACGAGGAUCUGAGUAAUUUUUUGGAUCUGGAUUUUAUUCUCGCCAACACGACUGGCUCAGACAGCGCGGCGGACUUUGUGGGCACAGCUGACCCCAGCAUGUACCCGACGGGGAACUCGGUGCCAUCCUACGCAGCAGACGACCACCGAUCCCCGCCGCCCCCGUACGGCGCCAGCCUCAUGACAGAGCUGCUCCGCGCCGAUGGACCCAACAGCUAUGGCAUUACGCGCAACCCCUGCGUUCAGGGGAGAUUUUAUGUCAACACGACGCAUUUUCCCCGCCAGGAAAUCAAAGUGGAGCCUCACGUGGACGGCUACGGCCCAGUUAUGGGCAUGGUGCCCCAAAGCUGCAGCAAAAUCAAGCAAGAGGGGAACGUUUCGUGCAUGAUGUCCUUCGAGCAGCCCCGUGUGGCCAUCUCUCCGCGGGCAGCCAGCAACAUGACCCCGCCGCUCAGCCCCGAUGACCAGGGAGCUUCGGAGUGCCAGGCACAGCUGUGCCAGCCCAUGAACUUUCCACAGAAGUAUCACACGCCGGCGGCUUUCCCGCACCACCCUCAGGCUCCCCAGAUGCAGAUGCCCUACCACGCUCCGCAUACCGCCUUUGGCAUGUAUGAUGAAGGUCUCAGCCUGCAGCCAGGCGCGCAGAGGGUGAUGCUCACACCGCCCUCCUCUCCCCUCGAGCUGCUGGAGUCCAAACCCAAGAGGGGACGGCGCACAUGGCCGCGGAAGCGCACAGCGACGCACACCUGCACCUUCGCUGGCUGCGGUAAAACCUACACCAAGAGCUCGCACCUGAAGGCACAUCUCCGAACUCACACCGGUGAGAAGCCGUACCACUGCAGCUGGGAAGGCUGUGGAUGGAAAUUCGCCCGCUCCGACGAGCUGACCCGUCAUUUCCGCAAACACACCGGACACAGGCCCUUCCAGUGCCACCUGUGUGAACGCGCCUUCUCCAGGUCUGACCACCUGGCACUUCACAUGAAGAGACACAUGUGAAGGAGCCCAUCUAAGGACUUGGGUUUCAUGGAAGGGGAUGUGUUAUUUUUAUUGUGAUUCAACUGAUGUAUUUUUUAUUUAAAUUGUUGUCCACAUGACCAAAGUCUUUUUUUAUAUAUAUAUUAUUGAAUUAAAAAAAGUUUUAGUGUUAUUAUUUUCUAAUAACGUAGCUGGUACUACUUUGGUUCAAUAAAAGCUUUAGAAAAGCUUUGUUUGCUUUAGAGCAGGCAGACCAAGAAGGGGCUGGCCCUGUAUAUACUACUCUUCUUUGACAGAACUGGAACGCUGUGUUUGACACAAAAGUGCCUUUCUAUGACUGUGCUACUGUAAAACUCUUCGUGACAGAACGACAUGGCCACAAAACAGUACAUGUUCUUAUCGACAGGGGUGAAAUGCACAUAACGUGCAGAGACAAUGUUUUAUUUAAACUGCCUCACAAUGUCUGAACGGCCUGAACUGCUUUUUUUAUUGCCUUAUUUUUUUUUUUUCCAAUUUGGAGUUGAUGUGUGAAACUCUUGGAUCCAGCCCCUCUGUUCACUAUCAGGGCUUGAUGUCCUGUGCAUUAUUUUUCACUUAAAUUUAUAUAAAUAUGUACAUGUUUUUAUACUGUAAAAUGUAUAUUUAUUGUAAAUAUUAAAAAAACAAUGAAAUUGAACAUUUGACUGAGAAGCUCUUUUACUUUCAUGCACUGAACCAAAUCCACCCACUCAACAACAGGUUUCAGACUGAGCCAACAACCAGCAGGCCUGCACUCCAUCAGAUCGGUUGCACUAAAUAGGUCAUACAUUGUGUACCCGCUUUAAUUUUAAAUCAUGGACACUUGAUUUCCACUGUGAUGUUUUGCAGCUGCAAGACAGAGAAGGGCAGCCGCUUGUGGGCUUAGCCUAUAAAUACAAACACUCCAUUUCCAUAAUUACAGAGUGAGCCGGGAGCCGUCUGGACAGAGGGGCACAGCAAACCCUCAUCAGGGAGCCCUUAGACUCCCUUUCUGAUGGGUAGAAAUUAUAGUAGGACAUCAAAGAGCCUUAAUACUACAAUUACACAGAGUCACCCUGCACUACAGUUUCAAAGUAUCUCCACUGCGUGCAUCUUCUGUCUGCAUGGUGUCAGUGAGCAUUUGUUUCCCCCACAUCAAAGGUUGCAUUGAGCCCAUCUCCCAAAGUCAAAUGGUAUUUUCAUAAAGUAAAUAUUAAAGAUUUUUCAUUAAAUAUAUGGUUUGGGAUGGAUGCUCUUCUUUCUUUUUCAUUAUGACAAUUUGAAAAACUUAAAUAACUUGCUAGAACCAUAUAUUUAAGAACAGUACUUCAAUAAGUGUAAGCACAACCUUCAUCAAAAGUCACGCCGUUCUUAAAUUCACCCAUAACAAUAAAAUGUACACGCAGAAUGUGACUUGGAUGAGUUGAUGAACAUGUUACUAGAAUUUUUUUAUAUUUGUAAAAAGAGGAAGCACGCAUCAGGUCAAAAAUAACUGCAGUGGCAAAUGCAAAUGUAUCACUCUCAUUUCACUUUUUUUUGUUCCAAUAUUACUGCAAGAUGUAAACAAUCCAUCUCAAAUUCAUUUCAGUGUAAAUCUGCAUUAUGAAAGCAUCAGAUUAAGACCAAAAAACAGACUUGAUCAUAACAUUUGUGAAACGCUGAGCUGUUCUUCGAAGCCAUCUACAAUAUUUAACGACUUUACUAAUCUCUUACAAAUGUAUUUUAACUAUUUAUGGCCUGCUGUGAUGUGUAACUGACUCCCUUCUCUCAGAUUUUACUUCUGAUGUAAAAUGUGAGACUUACCUUGUUUCAGGAAUGUUAAAAAUCAAUUUUAUUCAACUAAAAGUUAUUACAGUUUAACAGAUUAUUUUUUCAUAAUCACAUACAUACUGUGCAAUAUUACAUAUGUUGAUAUGCUGAUAAAUAAGGCGCUGUCACUCUGUACAUGUCCAGUACGCUCUGGAAUAUACAGUGCAUACAUUAUGUGCCGAAUAAACCUGAUUAGUGUAAUAACAUUACAAGGAUGCACUAUUUUAAAGUAAUUUAAACAGAUGUCCUCCGACAAGAUCAUAAGACAUUAAUGUAGACGGAAAGAAAUCCACAAAAAAAAAAAAAAAAAAAGACGUGAUGGUUGAUUUGAGGAAAAAGCAUACGUCACUUUGCAUCAGUGGUAGUGUGAAGAGGAUAAAAGUAAAUGUAACAGCACCAGUAUAAACAAUGUACACUACUUCUAUUUUAUAGAGGCUUUUAGUUGUAUGGGAGUGCAAGUAGUCUGGGCGUUUACAAGGCAACCAAUGACAAACCAUCUGACGAGCACAAGCUGUUGACAUCAGCAAGAGGAUGCAACAACGCUGCAGGUGGGCUGUUCCUAAGAAGGGAAGACCUUGAUGAUUAUCGUUAGCAUCUUAAAGUGAUAGUUCAGAUGUUAUGAAGUGGGGUUUUACGAAGUAAUUAUCCAUAGACAGUGUAUACAAACAGCAGAUGUCAAUCGGCGCAACCCACAUUUUGGAGAAGCAGCCUGAGGUUUGACACAAAGGCUAAGCAAUGUACUGCUGCCAAUGAGGGCUGGCAACAAAACAUAUUUUAGCCACCAAAAGAUGCAUUAAAAAAAUCUGUUGAAGUGUUUGCCAUAUUGAGAGUAUUUUUACUGCUUUACUUUAAUAUCUGACAUUGAUUUUCACCAUGAAAAUUAAGUUAAUUUAGUUAUAUGGUUCUCUUUCAAGCCAAAUUCUACUGAGAAAAACAGUGAUUUAACAUCGCUAAACACAGGAGCUGCUGGUCUACCGCUGCCCCCAUCAGUUAGUUUGCUAUUGUGCGAUUUCAGUGUUUAAAACCAUUAGUUCAGAUUCACUGAAGUCACACAAUAACACAAACUAACUAACUGAUCGAAGCAGUGGUAGGCCAGCUGCUCCCAUUUUCAGCAAGCUAAAAUUAGUGUUUUUCUCAAUGGAGUUUGGUGGCUGGGAACUCUCCGUCGUAACGGGCUAUCUGACGGUAAAAUAAAGUAGUGAAAAUACUCAAUAAAGCAUAGAAUUUAUUGAUAUAAAUGUUUUUAGAUGGCUAAAAUAUGUUUUCUUGUUGGACUCCAUCCACAGCACUUCAUUGCUUGGCUUCUGUGUCGGACCUGCUUCUCCAAACUGGGAGUGUGCAGACUGACAUCUACGUUAAGUAAUAUACUGAGUAAGGAUAAUUACCCCAUACAACCCUACUGAAAAAUAAUCAGAACUAUCCCUUUAAUUAUUGUAAAAGCAAGAGGCAACCGAUGAUACGGGGCUAAAUAAUAUUUAACCAAAGCGAUAUUCAGACUAAAUUGUUCAUCAGGGAUUCCCAAAUGUCAUAUUUCUGCUUUGACAUAUAGAUCCUGGUCGAGGGUUUGAUUAUAUUAAAAAAAUGCCUUCAUUCCUUGUUCUUUAAGGCCAUAAAUAUUCCUUAUCCAGGCAUAGAUGGCAAAAAACACUUGUAACAUUUAAAUGAAAACCUAAAUUAUGCAAAAGACUGAUUGGAUCACUAAGCUCCAGUCCUUUAAAACAAGCCUUUUUUUAAGAAAAAUACGGACUGUUCCGAGGCUUGUACAUAAAAUCGUCAUCUAAUAAUAUUUACAGUACAUGAAGACAUUAAAAAAAAUAGAAAAAAAGAAAAGGGGGGACAAACUCAUCGGCCAACGGAGUUGUUAGCAUAUGCAGUUAGACUUUCCCGACAAUUUUUUUGGACUAAUUAAAGGUGAUAUAAAAGAGUUUAUACAGUGCAUUUUACAAGUACUUCAUACACCACAGAUUGCUUUUGCAUAUAAAUAAAACAGUAAAAUAUUAUUAAAAGGUCAUUUUUCUUGCAACAGAAAGGCGUUCUGAUAAGGCAGGGUGAUUAGCAGUAAUAACAUAUGGAGCUAGAUGGUUGCGGUGGAGGUCCCUGCCGGUUUCUGGUUGCGUUAAAUCGCUACGUUCUUGGAGGAUAAAGCCGGGUUUAAAUAAAGUGGCUCUGUAUUGUCCUUGAUUACAGUUGCCGUGUAGUUUGGGGGCAAUGAACCGGAACUGGUUUGCUAAAUGUGGAGUUGUUUUGACAUGAGUCCAGUCAUGGCUGGAGAAACACUGGUCUCUUACACAAAUUGGUAACAGGGGCUGCUAGUCAUGUCGGGCCAGUGUCGGUGCUGUUGUCAUGAGCCUGCGGACAGAAGACUGUAAGGCAGAAGGAAGAGGACGAAAAGAUGUGGUGUGGUGAGGCAUGCCUGGUCAGGCGCUGGGCAUGUCGGCCCUGCUGAGAGCGAUGGCCAGCUCCAGGUCCUGCUGCUCCUGGAGCCGCAGCCUCCUCAGCC